GUUCCAACGAGCCGAUCUUUUCGCUGAUUUUCCUUUUUGAGGAUUUAUAUCUUCCAGGGUUACAUUGUUGAUGCCGCUGUUGUGAUCCUUUUUCUAUCGCUUCAACCAAUCAUUCCAAUAGCAGGUCCACCAAAGAACUUAGAAUUAAUCCUUGCCUGCGAGCAACCUCGUUGUUGUCCCUGAAUGCUAAGCUCCGGAUUUGUCUCAAGAAGAAUUGCUUUUGUUUCUUGGCAUUUCGGUUUGUAGUUCCUGCAAAGGAAUUACUCAGUGGUGAUAGUUUCUUGAUUAUCUUUUUUUCCUCGCAUCUGGCUGCAUAGAAACGUGGAAAAUGUCGGUUGAAGAAGUUAUCUUUCGGCGCCAGCCGAUAACGAAAACCGAUAUGCGCCUACUUGAGGAUGGCAACGAUCUGAACGACGCGCUACUCGAUUUCUUCCUCAAGCUUGGACAGGCGUUGUUGCCCCCGAAGGGUGAGGAACCCAACCUUCAUCCGCUAAGCUCUCUAUUCUACCAGAAGCUUACGGGUACAUAAGAAAACUUUAUUUGGCUAUGCUAUGUCGUUUUCCUUUUGCGUAUUUGAUGUCUUGCUAGGGAAGCUGCGAUGAUUUUAUGUAGGGUAGAAAACACGUUUGAUUAUCCUUAUCGUCAGUUAUGUUCUUGUGUAUAUCCUGGUUCUUGUUGAUCUUGACUGUUGUUCGACACUAUGCAUAGGUAGUGCUGCAAAGACGGGUGAGGAGGCGUGGGAAAAUAUCCAGAGAUGGACGCUGCGGAUACCUGGCGGUAUCUUCAAGCCUCCCAUGAUUGCAAUGCCAGUCAACGAGACGUUUUUAGACGAAAAGAAGAAGCCCUGCGGUCAGCAUUGGUGGUUAGCACUAAUCGUAGCUGCAAAAAAUGCGGGUGUGAAAAAGAGCAAAGACCAAAAGGAGUCCUCGAAGCGGGAUAGUUUUCCGAGUGAUCCUGAUUCAAGCUCGUACCUGUUGUGCGUGGACAGCAUGAAGAGACGGCUGCGGGAAUUCAGCGGAGCGAACAUAGUAGAUCCCGACGCGCGCGGGGGAGGAGUGAAGAUCGACUUGAAAGGGGGUGGAUCCUCAUCUUCUAACGCGGCCGCUCCAGGCGCACGCGCUGGCAGCAACAAUGCGACGCUCUCGGGUUACAACACCUUUAUCCCGAAAGUGUACAAGGAGGGUUCGUUGUGCAAAUACAGCCUAGAAAUCACAAAAGUAGAGCAAGCGGGCCACCGGAUUUGGGUCAACUUCGACGUGCAGGGCGACGGCUCGUUGGGCCCUCUGCAAAGCCCGAAGCAGUGUGCGAAACUCCUGCUCGACGGGAAGAAACAGAUCAGUGCGACAGACAUGGGCCUUCAGGUGAACAACAAUACUAGCGGAGGCCGCGUGCAGUACAAGGGCCUCCUCGAAUUUUUGAUGGACUCCCGGGAUGAUGCACGCCAGCUCACUUUUCUAUACGGCGAAGGCUGGAAGCCUCUGCCGCUGACGUUUGAUGGUUUUGCAUUGAGCAAAUUUCAGAAGGAGGUAGCGCGCUACACUCAGGGCAUGAUGCGAAAAGAAUGGGAGCGAGAUCGAAAGGGAGACAAGAAGGCGAUCAAAGCGUAUGAGGAAUUAUUGAUUUCUUGUAGUUAACAGAAAAAUUCAAUUGCUAGGUUAGGCACAGAUAUGACUUUUGCUGAGAAAAUAGAUUCAAAUUGUUCUAUGCUCCCAAACCGAAAAAAUAGGUUCGACAAGACGCAGAUCCGAGCAGUUGCAGUCGAUGCGCCUCAGCAAGAGAACUUGAACGAUUGCGGUGUCUUUGUGCUAGAGAACUGUCUCAAUUUACUGACGCUAGGACGCACUUACCCCCGAAAGAUCCUGGAGGACCCACUGCGCGACAGCUUGAAAUGGGUGGGACAGAUAGAAGUGCGGCAUCGACGAAGAAGGUACUCGUUGUACUACUUCUAGGAACCCUGUUUUGGUUGAUUAUAGUAUUCAGUUUUUUGAUUUUAUUACUCUUCUAGACGAGAUGACAUUUUUCGUUUUGAAUCUUGGCAGGCAUUUUUUACAAUUUGAAUUUCUCUCAGGUUGUUGCAAUGUGUGCAGCUAUUGUUCGACAUGAAGGCAAAAUACGGAACGGGCGAUUUGGAGGAGCUUUUUUCGAAGGACGCGCAGUUGAAAAGAGAUGUAAUUGAGUGUCUCACAGAUCUACCGUCAGAAGACGAAGCCGAACCAAGUGCGAAGAGGCAGAGAGUCUAAGCAGUUUCUUUCUGCACAUACGCAUUUAGAAGUACGCGAGAAGUACUUAAGCAGAACCUUUUCUGGUGUCGCGUGUGGGUUAGCAAUAUGCUGUCGUUGAUGCCUGUGGAGUCGUCGUGCCGCGGACCCGCAGGCGACGUCCCAAAUUAAAGAAGUGAUACAUAGUUCCUCGUGAAGACCCCACUGCUGCAAUUGAACCCUUAUUCUUGACAACGUAUUGAAUUUCCCAUGUGCCCGCCCCUCUAUACACAUAUAUAUAAUGAUUGGAUUUCUACUACUAUCAGUGAAAAAUCGAGAUGGUUGUAGCAGUGCACUAUCUCCUGCAGUGCCCUUCCGAAAUCACGGAGGUGUCACCUUGACACUCAAAUGGUGAAAAAACUUUUGAUACCGCGCAAGAAAAAGUAUUAAGGGUAGGUUAAAGGUGCUUUUCUUACCGCUUUGUAUGCCUCUCCUAAGGGAGAAAGGCAUAACAAGCGGGGUAAGCGAGCACCAAAAGCCUACCUCUAA